UUCCAUCUGCGUCUCCCUGCAGCCAUCCUACCGCAUGGAGUCCUGAUACCCCUUCCGCAGGCGAUGGCUGGUCGCUGGGGCCUCGUUGGGUCGUUAUUUCCAUCACUUGCAUCCCUUUCGAGAGCAAAGAGCUCCUGGGGGGAGGGAGGGAGCCAAAAAGGCUCAAUCCAAGAUGGUGGCCUCGCGCCAUUGUGUCCCCUUAGCUCUCCGCUCCCCCGGCGGCCUCGUUCCCUACAGGCCCUAGCGACGGGGAGAGGCGGUGCUGGGCGGGGCUCCCCUCGUUUCUGGGUCCUCUCGGCCGGCGUGGGACUCGGGGGAGCCCGCUUCUGGGCCUCGUUGGACUUCCUACCUCGACGGGCCCACGUUUAUUGGGAGCGCUUUGCAAGCGCUUUCGGGAGAUGUGUGUUUGCGGAGUCUCAGCUGCGGAGUGGCGCCGCGGGGGUGGAGGCGCGCGGUAAAGGCUCGUCUGCAGCCGAGCCCGUCCUCUCUGCCUCGGACGCCUUGUGUGAUGGAGAGGUGGACAUUGCUUUCGGCGGAGCCACCCCCGCCAUUGGCUAAUCCCACGGAGUUCUAAGCCGCAGCUCUUCUGUCAGAAACGAGUGUAUCUUCUAUUCCUUAAGCCCCACUUUCCUCCUUUGUUUUCACUUAAUCUGCGUGAAGCCAUUCAGAGACCCUCCCUCCCCCCCUGCCGGCCCAGUUAUGGCGGAGAACGAUGUGGACAACGAGCUCUUGGACUAUGAAGAUGACGAGGUGGAGACCGCAGCUGGGGGAGAUGGGGCUGAGGCCCCCGCCAAGAAGGAUGUGAAGGGCUCCUACGUCUCCAUCCAUAGCUCUGGCUUUCGGGACUUCCUGCUCAAGCCAGAGUUGCUCCGGGCCAUUGUUGACUGUGGCUUUGAGCAUCCAUCAGAAGUUCAGCAUGAGUGCAUCCCUCAGGCCAUUCUGGGAAUGGACGUCUUAUGCCAGGCCAAGUCGGGCAUGGGAAAGACGGCAGUGUUUGUGCUGGCGACGCUGCAGCAGCUGGAGCCAGUUACUGGGCAGGUGUCUGUGCUGGUGAUGUGUCACACCCGGGAGCUGGCUUUUCAGAUCAGCAAGGAGUAUGAGCGCUUCUCUAAGUACAUGCCAAAUGUCAAGGUGGCAGUGUUUUUUGGAGGUCUGUCUAUCAAGAAGGAUGAAGAGGUGCUGAAGAAGAACUGCCCGCAUAUCGUCGUGGGGACCCCUGGCCGCAUCCUAGCCUUAGCUCGAAAUAAGAGCCUCAACCUCAAGCACAUUAAACACUUUAUCUUGGAUGAAUGUGAUAAGAUGCUUGAACAACUCGACAUGCGUCGGGAUGUCCAGGAAAUUUUUCGCAUGACCCCCCACGAGAAGCAGGUCAUGAUGUUCAGUGCCACCUUGAGCAAAGAGAUCCGCCCCGUCUGCCGCAAGUUCAUGCAAGACCCAAUGGAGAUCUUCGUGGAUGAUGAGACGAAGCUGACGCUGCAUGGGUUGCAGCAGUACUACGUGAAACUGAAGGACAACGAGAAGAACCGGAAGCUCUUUGACCUUUUGGAUGUCCUUGAGUUCAACCAGGUGGUGAUCUUCGUGAAGUCUGUGCAGCGCUGCAUCGCUCUGGCCCAGCUCCUGGUGGAGCAGAACUUCCCCGCCAUCGCCAUCCACCGCGGGAUGCCCCAGGAGGAGAGGCUUUCUCGGUAUCAGCAAUUUAAAGAUUUUCAACGACGAAUUCUUGUGGCUACCAACCUGUUUGGCCGAGGCAUGGACAUCGAGAGGGUGAACAUUGCCUUUAAUUACGACAUGCCUGAGGACUCGGACACCUACCUGCAUCGGGUGGCCAGAGCAGGCCGGUUUGGUACCAAGGGUUUGGCCAUCACGUUUGUGUCAGAUGAGAAUGAUGCCAAGAUCCUCAAUGAUGUGCAGGAUCGUUUUGAGGUCAAUAUUAGUGAGCUGCCUGAUGAGAUCGACAUCUCCUCCUACAUUGAACAGACACGAUAGAGGACACAGCCUGUUCCGGAUGUGACGUCUGUUCCUCGUCAGGAGAUGACACCAGGCGUGGGGGUGAAGGACACACUACUACUGCCCCUGCCCCUGACAGCCCAGCCCCACCCCGGCCUUCCCUCUUUUGCAUCACCACUUCCAAAUCCCCGCUUCCUUAUUUGUGAGAACUUUUUUUAACAAAACAAAAAACAUG